CUGCAGCGGUUGCAGUAAAGCGCAGGCGCUCGCUCCGCUCGCGGCCUCGCCCCCUCUCCACUUCACUCCCCCCGUUCCCGUUCCCGUUCCCCUCCCAAAGGCCCCGAAAGCCCCUCCUCUGCUCCGACCAAAUGCGCGAUUAGCGCCGCCCGGCCGCGAGAUCGACGGAGGGGACGGCGCCGGCCGCCGCCAUGCCGUCGGUGCAGGGGGAGCUGGUGCCCCCGUGGCUCAAGUCCCUCCCGCUGGCGCCCGAGUUCCGCCCCACCGCGUCCGAGUUCGCUGACCCCAUCGCCUACCUCCUCAAGAUCGAGCCCGCCGCGGCCCCCUUCGGCAUCUGCAAGGUCGUGCCGCCGCUCCCGCCGCCGCCCAAGCGGACCACGCUCGGCAACCUCUCCCGCUCCUUCGCCGCGCUCCACCCGGGGGACCCCUCGCCGACAUUCCCCACCCGGCACCAGGAGCUCGGCCUCUGCCCGCGCCGCCCGCGCCCGGCUCUCAAGCCCGUCUGGCACUCCCCCCGCCGCUACACUCUCCCGCAGUUCGAGGCCGAGGCCGGGGCCUCGCGGAAGGCCCUGCUCGCGCGCCUCGACGUCCCGCCCUCCAGGCACCUCUCGCCGCUCGACGUCGAGGCACUCUUCUGGCGCUCCUCGGCCGACCGCCCCGUCGCCGUCGAGUACGCCAGCGACAUGCCCGGCUCCGGGUUCGCCCCCUGCGACGCCCGCCCCACGCAGCUGCCCGCCGCGAACGUCGGCGAGACGGCGUGGAACAUGCGCGGCGUCGCCAGGAGCCCCGCAUCGCUGCUGCGGUUCCUGCGGGAGGAGGUGCCCGGGGUCACGUCGCCGAUGCUCUACGUCGCCAUGUUGUUCAGCUGGUUCGCGUGGCACGUCGAGGAUCACGACCUGCACAGCCUCAACUACCUGCAUUCCGGGGCUCCCAAGACGUGGUACGGGGUGCCGCGCGACGCCGCACUCGCGUUCGAGGAUGUCGUGCGCGUCCACGGCUAUGGCGGCGAGGUGAACCCCUUAGAAACGUUUGCAAUGCUGGGUGACAAGACUACGGUGAUGUCCCCUGAAGUGCUCGUGCGUUCUGGGAUCCCCUGCUGCAGAUUAGUGCAGAAUGCAGGGGAGUUCGUGGUCACUUUCCCUGGAUCCUAUCACAGCGGUUUCAGUCACGGAUUCAACUAUGGGGAAGCAUCAAAUAUAGCUACUCCUGAAUGGUUGAGAGCUGCAAAAGAGGCAGCUGUCCGGAGAGCUUCAAUCAAUCGUCCUCCCAUGGUUUCGCACUAUCAAUUGCUCUAUGAACUUGCACUGUCGAUGUGCUUGAGGGAUCCAUCCGGUGGGGCUAUGGAACCACGAAGCUCUAGAUUGAAGGAGAAGAAGAAAGGUGAAGGGGAACAAUUAGUCAAAAAGAUAUUUGUCCGAAAUGUUAUUGAAGACAAUAAACUGCUUAAUCAUUUUCUGAGUGAUGGAUCUUCUUGCAUUAUUCUUCCAACUAGUUCCAAUAAUGGUUCUGCACUAUCAACUUUACUCUCAAAAUCACAGUCAACUACAUCCAGGGUAUCGGAUGUCCAGUGCAGUAGCACAGAAACUCCUAAAGACUCAGGACAUUUACCAAUGAAUGGGGCACUUGGGAAGAAUGGGGAAUUGUCAUCAUCCAAAGAAAUUUCAGCAUCAGUCUGCUCAGGAAAGGAGGUCCCACCUACAGCAUGCAUGCAUGACUGUGUAAACAUGCCUGGCUCAUUAGAUGCAAACAAUGCAGAAAGUGAUAAGGGGGAUGUUAACAAUGCUGAUGGCAUUUUAGAUCAAGGUUUAUUAUCAUGUGUAACAUGUGGGAUUUUGAGUUUUUCAUGUGUGGCUGUGAUCAAACCAAGGGAGUGUGCAGCAAAAUGGUUGAUGUCUGCUGAUUCUAGUUUGAUCAAUAAACAACUUGCUGGUUCUGGAGAAAGUCAUCUGAUAGAUGCAUUACAAGGAUCUGAUUUUGAAAUGAAUCGCAAUAGAAUAAUUUCUGAUGCUGCAUCCCUGGAUAGGAAUUCUGCUCUUGAUCUUUUGGCAUCUGCAUAUGGAGAUGCAUCAGAUUCUGAUGAGGAUGUUCUGAACAAAAAAAUUCAGGCCUCUAAUGUCUCCAAUGAAUUAAUAAGUCACACGAUCGAAUCACCACCCAAUUCUUCAAGUAAUGGUGGUUGUGAUGGGACAAACAUGUCGUCAAGUAGUAAAGAGCGCCAACAAGGACCAUCUUCCCAGAGCUCACAGUGUAUUGGUAACACAAACAAUGGACCAAAAGGUGUUCGUACAAGAAAUAAGUAUCAACUUAAGAUGGUGCUUUCUGAAGGGUUUCUACCAAAAGAUAUUUAUUCAGAAAUGCAAAAGAAGGUCCAAUGUGAACCAUCAAGGUCAAACAUGACUUCAACGGAGCCAAUUCAUGGCACAGAUUGUCAAGCUAGCCGUAACAGUGCUACAGUCUGUAUGGAUGGUAACAGAAGUACUACGACUACGGUGGACAACUUAGCUACAUCGAUUGUGAAACCUGAUAAGGAUUCAUCAAGAAUGCAUGUAUUUUGUCUUGAACAUGCUAUUGAGGUUGAGAAGCAACUUCGAACUAUUGGUGGUGCCCAUAUUUUUCUUUUAUGUCGUCCAGAAUAUCCCAAAAUAGAAGUAGAAGCAAAAUUGCUGGCUGAAGAAAUGGAAGUCAAGUAUGAUUGGAAGGAUAUUGUUUUCAAAGAGGCCAGUAUCGAGGAUAGGAAGAAGAUCCAGGAAGUUGUGCAGGAUGAGGAAACAAUACCGACACAUAGUGAUUGGGCUGUAAAACUGGGCAUUAAUCUUUACUACAGUGCUAAUCUUGCUAAGUCUCCUUUAUACAACAAGCAAUUGCCAUAUAAUAGAGUUAUCUAUAAGGCAUUUGGCUGCAGUUCUCCCAAUAACUCACCAGCGAAGCUGAAGACUUAUGCCAGAAGGCAAGGCAGGGCAAAGAAAAUAGUUUUGGCUGGCAGGUGGUGUGGAAAAGUAUGGAUGUCAAACCAGGUCCAUCCAUUCUUGGCUCACAGAAUUGAAAGUCAUGAGCCAGAAGAAAUAGAUGAAAUAUGGUCAUGUUAUGAGAAAUCUAAUGCUGAUCAUGUUGAACAUUCAAGUAGAGAGGCAACCUCCCCAAGGAAGAGUAGCAGCAGAGCAAUUGAAGAAAAGACAAGCAACAGGGAGAAAGAACCAUUGGAGAAAGCAAGCAUCAAGAAGCCAAAAUAUAUCGAAGAGGAUAAUUCCGAAGCAUUAGAAAGUGCUGAAAAAGCCUCUGCAGGAAAGAGUAACUGCAGAACAAGUGUAGAAAAGAUGGGCAAGAGGAAGAAAGAACUUGCGGAGAAAGCAAAUACUAAGAAGCUAAAACAUACUGAAGAGGACAAUUCCAAGGCACUGACAGGUGCUUCAGAAGCCUCUCCCCCUUUACCAUCUGGGAUGGUAGUCCGUAGCAGCUCCAGAAUUGCCAAUAGGAAAAACAUGCUGAAAUCAAAGAUGGAAGAAGAGGAUAAUGGUCCAGCUAGCCAUCCAAAGGCAAAGGUUGAAGAGGAUAGUAAUGAUCCUGCUAUCUGUUCAAGUGCUAGAUCGCUAAGGCAGAACAUAAAUGUGAAGAAACAAACAAAGAAAAGUAGAGCAGAAAAGCGAAAGGCUCCAAGCUCAGCUGCUCUGAAGGAUGAAGAGCAAAUAUCGGAUGUCAAGGGAUUUUCUGUCACGAAACAGCAGCUGUCUUCACAUAAGCAGAAGAACAAAGUAGAAGAAACGCAGCAAAUGAAGAAAACUAGAGAAAGGAAAGGAGCGCCUCCAAGUUCUCCAAAGCAUGGAGAAGAGUAUGCAUGCGACAUUGAAGGCUGUUCCAUGAGUUUCGGCACAAAACAGGAGCUGUCUCUGCAUAAGCGUGACAUCUGCCCAGUGCAGGGCUGUCGCAGGAAGUUCUUCUCACACAAGUAUCUGCUGCAGCACCGCAAGGUUCACAACGAUGACCGGCCACUGAAAUGCUCAUGGAAGGGCUGCGACAUGGCGUUCAAGUGGCCAUGGGCUAGGACAGAGCACAUGAGGGUGCAUACAGGCGACAGGCCCUAUGUUUGCCCCGAGCCAGAGUGUGGGCAGACAUUUAGGUUCGUCUCUGAUUUCAGCCGCCACAAGCGCAGGACCGGCCAUGCAGCGAAGGUGAAAGCAAAGAAGUGAGGCAAAGCAUCGGUAGCUUACAGUAGUCGUGGAAGGAAUAGGAGAAAGUUUGUACAUUCCGUUAGCACCCAGAGCCCAUGGUGGUCUCUGUUCACAGUUCAAUUAGUUGCUAAUUAAAGGGAUUCUGAUGGAACCACAAUUAGCGUGGUCCCUUGUCGGUAAUUUGGUUAUCAUUGACAAGUUCCCAUAGUCUGCCUUAGCCCCUUUUGAUGUUUGUUGUGUCCGCACUUGGGCUCACUUGAAAUCCAUGGUUAAGGUAACAAGCAUCCC